AUGCAAUUCAUACAACAAAAACUUGAACAGAACAAUGAUGUUCAAGUUGAGAACAUCCUCUCUGUUCUUCCUUCAGCACAUAGUAAAUAUAUCAUGCGCUAUCUUCGGUUGGCUACACUCAAGAAAGUGCCAAUGCUUCAAACUAUGGGGGUAAGACUGCUGAAAGCAAUCUGUGAGCACCUCGAGCUGGUGGACUAUACUGUGGACAGUUGCAUUAUUCAAGAGGGAGAGCCACUCCAUAAGAUGAUUUUCAUCACACAUGGCACAGUACAUACCUACAGGACCAAUGGUAAAGGUGGAAAAAUUGGUUCCAGGUUUCUUGAGAAAGGGGACUUCUAUGGAUCAGAAGAGCUUCUCAAUUGGGUAUCAAAGUUUAGCUCUUCCCACGACUCACCAAUCUCGACCAGAAUGGUUAAGCCUGUCACGAAAGUUGAAGUCUUUGAGCUGAGCGCGGACGACUUGAAGAGUGUAGCCAUUAAGUACUGGUGGAAUUUCACCAAGAACAAGGAUCCAAAGGAAUUCGACCAGUCUCUGUUAGAGGAGUUUGCAGUAUCUUCCAUAGAAAAAGAAAUCCAUCGCCGCAGGCAACCGAAAAAGAAGUUCUCUCCUUAA